CCGACAGGCUCUCUUGGACAGACACUCUAAGAUUGCUGGCUCUUGCCCAGUCAGGAGACUAAAAGCUCUGCUGGAUAUGCUGGAUAUUGGAACCGAUGGACUGGUUGAGGAGUCUGGACCAGAUUUGGGUUUGAUCAGUCAACGCAUGGAGUUCCAUCCCAGCUCACUCAAAGAGACUUUCUGCUGCUUUACAGGAAAAUGGGGAUCAGGCGACAAUGAAUCAGGACUUUACCUUCAGAAUUUUGGGAAACUACCUGUUAAAGACUGACACGCAAACAGGGUCUUGUAUUCACUUUGUGACUUUUUCUAAAUUAAAACGGAAAUAUCGUUUUCUUGCAAAGAUCAGUGGUCCAUCUCAGUUGGAAACUACACUGGUCUAGAGAUGACUGGAUUCCUGCAUAUUGGACUUAUACUUUUCUCAUUUGUGGUGGUAUGUGAGAGCGAACCAUCACAUGCUGGACUAGACAGAGACGGGGAGUCACAUGAAAAUUCCAGACUGGUCCAUCUGACUUCUCAAUGGGCCUUCCAGCUGGCCAAUAACUCGCUGACCUUCUCCAGUGCCGACAGAUUUUGCAGAGGCCAUUUCAGCUCCCUUGCCACCCUUGAACAGUCAGAGGACCAGGAGGGAGUCUUUGAGCUGCUUAAGCAUACUAGACAUCGUUUGCCUAUUUGGGUCAGGGAUCCAAGCAAAGCAGACUCCAGGUCUGUGGCCCUCUCCAAACAGUAUGCGCAGUUCUCUGCUCUAAAUUUCCCAAAGGAGUCCCGUGAGGGCUUUUCUCGUGUCAACAUGUCCUUUCCCACCAUGUCGUCCAUCAGUGUGUGUGUUCGAGUUCAGUGGAACCCAGAGUGGCCUGAGGUGUCCACCAUCUUUUCCUACGCUGCACCUAUCUUUACCAAUGAGUUCCAGCUAAGGGGUCAAGUGGAUGUGCAUGGACGCAUUCUCCUUGCGCUCAUCAUCCACGGGAAGCACCUGCCGUAUAAGGCGUCCUUUCCCAAUGACGGCGCUUGGCAUCACAUAUGUGUCACAUGGCUCCGGAUCAGUGGCCACUGGGCUAUCUAUGUGGAUGGAGACAGAAAGGACAUGGGCUCAGGCACGGACUCUUCCAGGAAUAUCUAUGGGGAUGGUAUAUUUAUACUGGGUCAGGACCAAGACUCAUUUGGAGGAAAUUUCACCGAGCCUUUUUUUGGAAAUAUCACUGACCUCAAUGUUUGGAAUAUUUCUCUGGAAACAAGGCAUAUCCAGGCUCUCAAUGUAUGUUCACCCAUGAUCCCGGAGUUGCUCUUCAGUUGGAAUCUUGCCGACCUAAACAGCCACCCAACGGUUAAAGAGGUUCAGUUGCUUCUUUUUUGCCCAGCAGUGUACCAGCAGAUGGAGCUGCAUGGCUGCAGGACGCUUCGGGGAUGGUCACAUCAGCUCCCACUGCUCGGCUGGACAAACUGCUUCGAUUCACUGUUGUUCAUCUGCAGGAGCAGAAGAGAGCGUUACCUGACGGUGAAGCAGAUGACAGAUUCUCAGAACUCCGGGCCCACGGCUUUCAUGAACCAUUUGAUGAAGCGUUCCAACAAAACUCAGGCAGCGCUGGUGCAGCAGCCGUCAAGCCUGAGCAGUCUGGCCGAGGCCUCCACCCUGCUGGACAUCUCUGCCCAGGCCUUGGAGGACACCCGACAGGAGGGACUGGAGCCGACAGACAUGGUUUCCAUCAUCAAGCUGCUGUCUCUGGCUGCGGAUGUCCCUGCUCAGCCAGGCACAGAAGCCACCAACCACAGCCGGAACGUGGCCCAGGAGCUCAGCCGCCACUUCAUCAGCGUGGCUGACAGAAUAAUCGGUGGAGACAACGCCCUGAAGUGGCAGGCCAUCAAAGAGGUGGUGAACGGCCCCAUGGAUGUAGUCAAGAGUAUUGACCGGAUGGUGACGUGCCUUAGCCCUCGCUUGAUGGUAGAGACUGAUCACCUGAUCAUUCACAGACCCAACAUCAAAGUGGAGGUGCAGCAUCAGAUGCUGCAGGAAGAAUCCAGAGGGUUUACCUUCUGUGGCCCUGAAACAGAGAAGAACUCCAAACUAGACUGCAUUUCAGUCCCACAUCAGAAGAUACAGGCUCUCCAUGACAACGGCUUUGUUAAGCUCACCCUGGUCAACACGUGGUACGGUUCCUUGUGGCCUCUUUUCAAUCUGGAGGAGAACAUCACCAUGGUUCCUACCGUCACUGAUGGCAGCCAGAGGUAUUUGGGCACUGUGUUGGGCUCUUCUGUCAUUUCCACCACAGUGAUGGGAGACAACCAGCCGGUUAGCACAGCGGUCCGCUAUCAACUCCAACACAGAGUUCAGAAUCCCACUGGUACUGUAUAUGAUCCAGUGUGCGCCUUCUGGGAUUUUGAUCUCAUUCCAGAGUCUGGUGGGUGGUGGAAUACCAAAGGUUGUGAUGUAGUGUCCAAACAAUAUGGAUACACUGUGUGCUCCUGCAACCACACCACCAAUUUUGCGUUGCUGCUGCAGGUCUAUGAAGCCCAGAGGAGCCCAGAGAACGAAAAAGCUUUGCAGGUGCUGACGUUCGUUGGCUGUGGAGUGUCUGUGUGUGGCCUCCUCUUCACCUUCAUCCUCUUCAUUGCUGUGGGUAUCCCAAAAUCCGACCGUACCACUGUCCAUAAGAACCUGAUUGUUGCUCUGGGCAUUGCUGAGCUGCUGUUGAUGUGCAGCGACUGGGCAUCUGCCAAUGAGGCAGCAUGCUUUGUGGUGACGGCAUUACUCCACCUCUUCUUCAUGGCCUCCUUCUCCUGGAUGUUGGUGGAAGGACUGCUGCUCUGGAGCAAAGUUGUGACAGUUAACAUCAGCGAGGACCGCAGGAUGACUCUCUACUACAUCAUCGGCUGGGGACUUCCUGUUCUGAUAGUUGGUAUAACACUGACAGUAUCAGUGGACGAGUACAAGGCAGAUGAUCACUGCUGGCUCAAUGUGAAGACUGACACCAUCUGGGCCUUUGUGGGACCGGUUGUCUUUGUAUUGGCGGUCAAUACAGUCGUGCUAUGUCGGGUUGUCAUGGUGACUGUUUCCAGCGCUCGUCGUCGUGCGAAGAUGCUCAGUCCAAGCUCGGCGUCAAAGAUAGAGAUCUUUGACCUCACCUGGGCUGUGACCCGUCCAGUUCUCAUCCUGCUGCCAGUUCUGGGUUUGACCUGGCUGUGUGGAGUACUGGUCCAUCUGUCGGUAGUACUUGCCUAUAUAUUCAUCAUUCUCAAUGCACUGCAGGGCCUGUAUAUCUUCUUAGUGUAUGCUGUCUACAACAGUGAGGUGAGGAAUGCCAUAAAGAGGAUCAAAGAAAAGAGAAAGGCCUUAUCUUUCACGAACUGUUCCCAGCCAACCAGCUUCUUACCUUCCCAGAGGGCCCCGAUGACUUCCUGGGGCCGCAGUCCACCAACCCCCUCCAGCCCUGAAACUAGUGAGACCUCUGGACCUGCAAGCUCCAUCUACACAUCGUUGGUCAUCAAAAACGAGAGCUUCAGAAAGGAAAGCUUUGUGAGUUUCUCUUUCAAACCAGAAUCAGAAAAUCAAGUGGUCCAGCUGACUGGGUUCAAGCCGUCAGGUUGUUGAACUGCAAAUGGAGUAGAUCCUGAUACUCAGUAACAACCAGCACGCACUACGAUGGACACAUGUAGAUCCUGUCUGAGGAAGUGCACUGUCUGCCGCCACACACACACACACACACACACACACACACACACACACACACACACACACAAUGCGGGGAGAAUGAGUAUGGAAUAAAGUAAGCAUGGAGGCAGGAGGAUGACCAGAACAGAACAUCAAUAUUCUCUCUAAACUCUUAACAUAUGACAUAAUCAUAGUGCUGACUCACUGGCAGUAAAGUAAAUGGAGAACAGAGACGUAAAUGUUUUUUUUUCAUGUGAUUCAUCAUAUACGGUCUGAUGAAUCACAUGUUUAUAGCUUGGUAUUGUAAACAGGUGGCCUGAUCUCUACAAAGCACAAUGAGUCUCUGUGAGUCUUGGCCUUUAAAGGAUCAGUUUUUAUGUUUUGGGUAAAGCAAAGGAAAUAUUUUUCUCUCUUAGAAUCACAAAGUAUUUUGAGAACAAUAACAUGCUUUCCUUUACGUUAUAAACAAGGGUUAGAUAAUGCUUCUUAAAGUAGACUUACCAAGACCAACUAUUUUUAUGUUUCACUGAUAUUACUGCUGGGCUUCUUACUCUUCUGUCCUCAUUUUUCUCAUCUCUGCUUGUACUGUAGAUAGAUGGACCUGCAAAGAACCCUAUAGAAGUUACUGAUGUAUAUAUUAAAAAAGGCAUCCCAUUUGUUGGUCACUGUAUUUGCUGUAUUUGCCGUAAUUGUUGUAAUUGUCUGAAAUGUGUUACCUCUGUUUACACGUUCUGGCGUUUCUUUUGGUGGAAGAGGGCAGACUUUCAAACAUGUGCUUUGUAAGAUAAUUAAUAACUUUCAUCAUAAUUGCAAUUAAUCUUCUUGAUAAAAAAACAUAUUAUUACUUUGUUCUUCAAAAGAAGUAAAUACUUCUUAUAUACCCAAUCAAAUUGCAGCAGUAUUAAACCCAACUUGUCAUCAAAUGUUGACCAUCCGCUGUCAUUGGCAGCAGCAGUAGCUAGCUUGUGUUCUUUAGUUUGCCUUCACUUGUGAGUCCAAAUGAAUUUCCAUCCAAAGAGUUUUGUUCCACCAUGAAAUGUAAUCAGUGUGUAGAAAUUGAAAAAAAGGAUGUGUGAUAAAACCAUGUUAGCAUACA